GCGGCUGCGUGGCGGAGCGUCAGGCCCACUAGCGGCUAGCGCGCGUCGCCUCGGUUCGUGCCGUGUGGGUGUGUAAUCCAGUGGCGGAGGGGCGCGCCCAUGUGACAGGCUGCGCUGCUGCUAUCGUCUGCCUGCUCGUGCAAGCGUCUCUGCCCGCCAAACAGUGCGUGUGGGUGCUGCUGGCAGGGCCUGAUGCGUCGUGAGGUGAGGAGCAGCUGCCAUGCUCAUUAAGGAGUACCGCAUCCCGCUGCCCCUCACCGUCGAGGAGUACCGCAUCGCACAGCUCUUCAUGAUAGCGAAAAAAAGUCGUGAAGAGAGCAAAGGAGCUGGCAGCGGUGUGGAAAUUCUAGUCAAUGAACCGUACGAUGAUGGACCCGGUGGGAAAGGACAGUACACGCACAAGCUCUACCAUGUCGGCAGCCAUCUUCCAGGCUGGUUCAAAAGUUUACUGCCAAAGUCUGCACUCACGGUGGAAGAAGAAGCAUGGAAUGCUUAUCCUUAUACUAAAACCCGAUAUACAUGUCCCUUUGUUGAAAAGUUUUUUCUGGAAAUAGAAACCUACUAUUUUCCUGAUAAUGGCCACCAGGAAAAUGUGUUCAAACUAUCAGGAAGCGAUCUGCGGAACAGGAUUGUUGACUUGAUUGAUGUUGUCAAGGAUCAACUAUAUGGAGCCGAUUAUGUCCGGGAUGAGGACCCAAAAAUGUAUGUUUCUCAAAAAACUGGCAGGGGUCCUCUCACAGAGACAUGGCUCGAAGAUUACUGGAAUGAGUGUCGGGGAAAGCAAAUGCCUUUACCAAAUGGAAAGUCCCUCAUGUGCGCCUAUAAACUCUGUAGGGUUGAAUUCCGCUACUGGGGUAUGCAGACAAAGCUGGAAAAGUUUAUACAUGAUGUUGCACUGCGGAAGACCAUGUUGCGAGCUCAUAGGCAGGCAUGGGCUUGGCAGGAUGAAUGGCACGGCCUGACCAUGGAUGACAUCCGGCAAAUUGAGCGACAGACUCAGGAAGCCCUCAAGAGGAAAAUGGGUGCAGCAGAAAAUGAAUCUCAAGACUCGGGGGAUGAAGGUGAUGGACAGUAUGCAAAUUCGAAUGGUGGUGGAAGUGGUGUGUCUACGCCUCAGGAUUCGUCUGUAGCUAAGACAAUCCAAGCAACACUAGGAAGCAUCGAAAAACCUGAGCAAGAUAUGCCUAGCCCUCCAGUUGUCAAGAAAUCUGAAGCAAUGCCAUCCCUGAGUUCCAAAGGUUCAGAUGGGGAACCAAGCUCUGACAGUUCACCCACUGACUUAAAUUUAAGGAUUGAAGAUUCUUCACCAAGGGAUGCUGAGGGAAGACAUACACUCUGGUCUCGUAGCAACUCAAAAGCUGCGUUGCACUCUCCAGGUUCUGCCUCCAGCAAAAGCUUCAACUUGCAGGUGGCUAAUUGGCGUAUGGAAAGCAUUGUCCGAGACUCUGACUCUGGCAGUGAGGAGGAAUUUUUUGACUGCCAAGCGGGCUUUGUUAUUCCUGUUAUUAAGGAAGAUCUUGGAGAUUCUGGCUCUUUGGCAAAAUGGAGUUCAUUAGACUUACUUACAGAGGAAGAUAUAGAGGGUGUACCAGCAUCUGAUGCAGAUAAACAAGAUAGUAUAUUUUCUCAAUCCUACUUGCAACGUGUGGCCAGUGAACGGAGUCGUACACUGCAGGGUGCUGGUAGUAUAGAUGCAUCUUGUCCGGGCUCGCCCAUCACAUCCCCUGCCCAUCAGACAUGCCGCACAAGUGUACUUAUACUUGUGCUGCAUGCAGGAAGCAUACUGGAUGCAAAUGUAGAUUUAGCAGCUAAAAAGUCUGACAUUACAACAUUCCGUGGUGCAUUUGAAUCAGUAAUGCGCCAGCACUACCCUUCUCUGAUAGGGCGUGUUGCUAUAAAACUGGUUUCUUGCCCUUCUGUAUGUACUGAGGCCUUAGGAGUGCUAUCCAGUUUAAGUCCUUACAGUUUUGAUGUGUCACCAUCAUGUACAGACACUCCUCAGGUUACACAUGAUUCAAUACCAGUUGGUGCUAUUCCAUUGUUUGCCACCUCUGCACCAGAGUAUCAGGAAUCUGUGUCACGUGUCAUCAACGCUGCAAAUGGUGUCUACCAAGAAUUUCUAAAAUCUGAAGAAGGACAAGGAUUUUCUGGGCAAGUUUGUUUUAUUGGUGAUGGUGUGGGGUCAAUUCUUGGUUUUGAUGCUUUGUGUCGUUUUAUACAUUAUCAAUCUCGGCAUGAUAGUGAGAACAGUAUAUUAGACUCAGAGUAUCCACAGCAAGUGGAAGAUGCCAUUGACAGUGCAAAAUCCAGCAACCGACAAGGAGGAGCAGAUGGUGACAAUAGUACAAAUGUGGAUGUUUCCUACUCAAAUAAGCUGCUGUCUGCUCCUGCACCUCGAAGACGUUCUUCUUCGGCAAGUGAGCACUCACAUCACUGCAAACUAGACUUUGAAGUCAGUGAUUUUUUCAUGUUUGGAAGUCCCCUGGCACUGGUUCUUGCAUACAGAAAAAUUUCUUCAUCUGAUGAUAAAAACAGCCCUAUACCAAAGCCCAUGGUGCAACAGAUUUACAAUCUCUUUCAUCCCACUGAUCCAGUAGCAGCAAGGCUUGAACCUUUACUCUCAGCAAGGUUCUCUAUGCUGCCACCUGUAAACAUUGCCAGGUACCAGAAAUAUCCAUUGGGAAAUGGGCAGCCAUAUCAUCUCUUGGAAGUAAUUCAGGCAAACCCACAAAUGUUCGCUGAGAGCUUGAAUCUGACAUCACCCAUUCAAGGAAGUCAUCUACGAAGAAUGUCAGAAGUUAGCAUCCAAAGUACUGUAUCAGGAGUAAUUGACUCAUUACCACUACAAACUAUUAAUGCCUUAACACAGAAAUGGUGGGGUACAAAGCGACUAGACUAUGCAUUGUAUUGUCCAGAGGGACUUGCAAAUUUCCCAACAAAUGCUUUGCCACAUCUUUUCCAUGCAAGUUAUUGGGAAUCAUCUGAUGUAAUUGCUUUCAUUUUGCGCCAACUGGCAAGAAUUGAUGGGGCACCUGCAGCAGGCUUUGAGGAAAAGGAUACAGCUGCUUUCAAUCCAGGGCAUCCACGGGAAAAAUGGAUCAAGAAGAGAACUUCAGUUAAACUGAAGAAUGUUGCUGCAAAUCAUCGAGCAAAUGAUGUAAUAGUAAAAGAGGGUGCACCUCAAAUUUUGACAGCCCGCUUCAUGUAUGGACCAUUGGACAUGAUCACCUUAGCAGGUGAAAAGGUGGACAUCCAUAUAAUGAAAGAUGUGCGUGCUGGAGAGUGGACAUUGAUAGCUACAGAAGUUACUGACAAGACUGGACGGGUGACAUACACCAUUCCUGAUGACAAAGCCCUUGGCUAUGGAAUGUACCCAGUAAAAACGGUUGUUAGAGGUGAUCACACAUCAGUGGACUUCUACAUGGCUGUUGUUCCACCUAAAACAGAGUUCGUUGUCUUCAGUAUAGAUGGUUCCUUCACUGCAAGUAUGUCAGUGACUGGUCGUGAUCCAAAAGUCAGAGCAGGUGCCGUAGAUGUUGUGAGGCACUGGCAAGAACUGGGUUAUUUGAUAGUGUACAUAACAGGCAGACCAGACAUGCAGCAGCAGAAAGUGGUCUCAUGGCUGUCACAACACAAUUUUCCUCAUGGUCUCCUUUCGUUUGCUGAUGGCUUUUCUACAGAUCCAUUGGGUCACAAGACAAUGUAUCUGAGAAACUUAAUUCAGGAACAUGGGGUUGCGAUUCAUGUAGCAUAUGGUAGUAGCAAAGACAUCAGUGUGUAUACUUCAAUUGGUUUGAAACCAAAACAAAUAUUCAUUGUUGGAAAAGUUUCAAAAAAGCAUCAUACACUGGCAACAAUUUUGCAAGAUGGAUAUGCAGCACAUUUGACAACUUUAAUGGCUCCUGGUGGAUCUCGGCCUGCCCAAGGAAAUGCCAGAAUGGUCAUACCAAGAGGGUACUUUGGACUGCCAGGACAAAAUGCCUCAAUUAGAAGGCGCAGCAAUGAAACCACAGUCCCUUCACCUCCUCGUGGCAGCCUGUACAUUAAGAGAAAAGUGUACAUUAGUCAUGUGUAGCACAACUGUACAAAUCCAGCACCCAUCGAUUUGUAGUAGCAGUUGUUAUGGAAUCUUCUAGUCCCCUCAUGACGUCGAUCUGCAAAGCGUGCAACAUCAUAUCCACUAAUGGGAGGUGCUGAAUCUCUGGACCGAAGUGCUAGCACUAAGACACGUUGGACUUCACGCUUCUGUGCAACUUCUUCAACUAAGCUUUGAUGAAAACUUUAU